AUGCAAACAAAUACUAACAAACAUAUAUUAUCAUAUAUUUUAUAUGAUACAAAUGUUGGAUUAAGUGUCAUGGAAGAUAAAACUAUUAAAGUACAGAUAAGUAAUUCUGAGUAUAGAGAUUUCAUAACUCAAAAAUUAGAAUCAGACAAAAAUAAUGGGUUGAAUGAUUAUACACCUUGUCCAACAAUGAAUGUUUAUGAUUUGGAGGGAAAUGUGGCAGAGUCAGAAAAAGAUUUUUGCGAUACUAGUACUAAUGUUGAAAAUACAUCAGAAAGAAAAAGAAAACAAGAAAGCAGUGUAAUAUUUGAUAAUGAAAUGCAAGAAACUUCUACUACUUAUUCUAGGCUAAAUUGCGCUGAUACUAGUAAUCGUAACAGUCAAUAUAAUUUAAAUAUCUUUGACAAAGAUGUAUUCACAGAUUCGUUAACAUAUCAUUUAGCUCGUGCUUCACCUUUCUCUGGUGAGGUUGAAGUUUUAUAUCCAUUUUCUAUACCAAAAGAUAACAUGAUAAUACAUGAUAAUGGGAAAGUAGAAGAUAAUGAACCUAUUUUUUAUACAAUAUAUUCAAAAAGUAUCAGUAAUUCACCACUAUAUCAUUGUGUAUUGAAACAAGUAUAUAAUGAAUUAAUAAUAGGUGAAGCAAAACGUAUAUCAUUAGUAGGAGAACCAAUAAUAACCAUAAGAAGCAAAGCAUUUUUUCUAGAAGCAGAAUUAAGAAGAACAGGUGCGUUUAGUAAUACUUGGCAUUUUGAUUUUGAAGGAAAGGAUUAUAGAUGGAAACCAGCCCAAUUGGGAGCAAAGGAUUGUGAUUUAGUAUGCGAAUUAGUAGAAUAUGAUAUAUCUCCUUCUCCAAAUACUACUACUCCAAAAUUUUUAUCAUUUAGCAGUAGUGUAAUUUCUCCAUCUCCUAAAAAAAAUAAAAUAAAAAUUGCAACUUUAUCAAGAAACUCAUCAAAUUCUAAUGAUAGUAAUGAUAGAAAUGCUAUUGGAGAAUUAACUAUUUUUAAAGAAGCUUGGUUAGAUGUUAAAGAACAUAGAGCACUUGAAGUUUUGUUACUUUUAGGUUGUAUGGUUAUGUUGGAUGUCAUUGAAACUUCUUAA